UGUUGCUUGAGCCUUCCCCCAGUGAAUGGUGUUCCGUCUCGAAAUUCUUACGGUUAGUUGGAUUAUUAUUAUCGCCCCUUUUUUUUUUUUUUUUUUUUUAAAACAAAUGCCGGGCAAAUGACGGAAAUUAAUGUAAGCGAGGGAGGCGCUUAUCCGUCAUCAUGUGAAGAUCUCAACAUUAUAAAGUGAUGUGGUUUUUGACGCUGCUUCUCGCCUUUAUGGCAAGUGGCGGCUUUGCAUGUCUCGAUCAUUGCCAAUGCUAUCCGGAAGCAUUGACUGUACAAAUGACAUGCACCGGCAAUGUUCCCACGCCGCUGGAUCAUUUGCCCAGCAGUUUAAAAAAAUUGAAAUUCGAAAAUGCCGACGAAAUGGAGGUAAGAACGUUUCUCGACAAUUUUCCAAAUUCAUUAAUUAUCGAGGAGAUUGUCUUGACAAAUUGCUCGUUGAAGAUGUUGAACGUGACGUGGAGUGGACUCGAUCAAGUGCGCGAGUUAAAUUUGUCUCAUAACAUGUUCGUACAGGUGCGUGAUGUGGGGGCAAGUGAAGCGUGCAACGUGACGGUCCUUGACCUGUCAGGCAAUCAGAUCAGUGACAUUGGUGACGAGGAAUUGAGGACAUUUACGGGAUUAACAUGGCUGAGGAUCAGCAACAAUGGAUUGUGGAACGUGACCGAGGACGCGUUUAGCGGACUAAGUGUUCUUGAGGUGCUCGACCUCUCGGACAACAAACUCACCACGCUGCCGGACAAUGCUUUAACUCCACUUGAAUCGUUGCAAAAGUUAGAUCUCAGCGGUAACCAAUUGCGAGUGCUUGGUGCCAGGUGGUUUGAGAGUCUUGGAAGAUUAAGAGAGCUCGACGUUUCUCGAAAUGGUAUUUCACGAGCAGCAUCUGGUGUUCUACAACCAUUGCCAGGACUCUCCAUUUUGCGAUUGUCGGAAAAUCCACUUCGCGAACGGGAUGUAUCACUUCUUUUGGGUACCGGUCGACGUCUUGAGACUGUCGAUGCCUCACACACGGGAUUGGUUCGCGUGCCAGCGGCACUCACGAGGUCAGUGAGAGCACUACGAUUAGCCGGUAAUAAGUUAACUUCCAUCCGUGGCGGUGAUCUUGACAGUUAUCCCCUUUUAAGACUAUUGGAUUUAUCAGACAAUCGGUUAAACGAAGUGGAAGACGAUGCCCUUGGACGUUUAGAAGUCUUGGAAGUAUUAAAUUUAUCCGGCAAUCUUUUAGCAAUUGUGCCACACAGUUUGCCGACUAGUUUAACUGAACUUCACAUCGAGCGUAACACAAUAUCGUCUCUUCGAUUCGGUGACUUUGAUGGAUUGUACAAUUUACGAAUCCUUAAAAUCAACGACAAUAGGAUAGGGUCGAUCGAAGAGGGAUCGUUUAGCCAAUUACCGACACUAGAGGAGUUGAGUGUAUCGAAUAACCCGAUUAAAGCAUUACCGGCUAAUACCUUCAGUGGGCUAACUAAUUUGGUGAGGCUUCACUUGUCGGGAUUGAGUUCCCUCAGUCGUGAGCAACAGGAACAAAGAGACAUGGCCUUUCCGGUGCCAACCCCUGAAAGAUUGACGACCCUCGACGUUUCUCACAGCCCUGUACUUGCCGCACAACUUCUCACCGAUGACGCUGCCCUGUCCGCAUGCAAAAGCCUAACCGAAUUAAAUUUGGCUUAUAUCAACAUCACCAACAUCAAAUCGGAUCUUGUUUACGAUCUUACACAAUUACGAUUACUCGGCCUUGCCGGAAACGAUUGGAACUGCACAACGGAAUUAUACUGGCUAGGAGAAUGGAUCAGACAACACGGAGAAUUGGAUGAACCGGCACGUUGCACCGAACCAUUGCAUCUGGCCGGUUACCAUCUGUCUCACAUGCCCAAUCCUCCCAGUUCAAUUACAGAUAGUCCACCCACUGUCAACUCAACAUAUUCCAUUUCCCCUCAUUCUCCAACUGUUGUUCCCCAACAAGCUGUAACCAAUUCUUUAUUCGAUUCCACCACGCCACAAUUGCUCAUCAGUUCCUAUCUUGAAAAACCAAAAUCAUUAACCAACUCGACAGAAAUUACAAAAAUAAAUCGUUAUAUCAAACUAAAAUCAAAGAAGCAAAAGAAUGAGAAACAUUACAUGAACAAUAACAUGCGACUCACGACAAAGGAAGACGUGAAAACUUCCAAUAAAGUUCUCAGUAAGACGAAAAUAUCAGAACUUGAGUCACGUUCACCGGAAGAGGACGAUCAUCAUCGGAAAAAGGAUAGUCAGCUCAACGGCAAAAUGGGCGGCACUAAAGAAUACGUGCCUUUAGCAAAUGACGUAUCGAAUACAGUAGCGCAAGAAUUGAGUGGACAAGUAACGGAUUCAGGUGCUCGUGUUACUGAUGCAUUAUCAGUGGGUGCACAUCCCGGUAUGCUUGUAUUGGUUGGAGCUGCACUUGGAGCCGCAGCGGCACUCACUGUUGUUUUAUCACGUCGUGCACCGAUUCGUCGUCGUGAUCAGUAUCAACGUCAAGAAAACAUUGAAGUUCACUCACUCACCUCAACAAUCGAAAGAUGGUGACCGACUUUUUUCAUACGUGCUUGAUCACUUUGUUCAAAACAAUUUCGGUCCAGAUCAAAUCAAUUAUCAUCAACGAGUUCAAUAUAGUAAUUUUAUACAAAUUAAAAUUCUCGUGGAUCGACAAAAAAAAAAAAAACUCUUAUCAAAGAUCAGUCUUUAACAAUCACAAAAACUAACGCGAAUUAUCUGGAAAGAUUAUUUUGAAAUUUUUCCAAUAUAUAUAAAUAUGUAUAGUGACAAUAAUAGCGUGACGAAUUCAGAAUCGCAAAAUAGACUUUUUCAUAUUGCGACAAGA